AUGCCGAAGGUUGUUUUUAUGCGGCAUGGAGAGUCGACUUUUAACAAAUCUGAUAGAUUCAGUAGCUGGAUAGAUGCGGAUCUGACGGAGAAAGGAAAAGAGCAAGCAAAAGACACAGCUGAAAAACUGAAAGCUUUCAACAUCUCUAGAAUUUUUUCAUCGUCACUCAAACGGUCAAGAAAUACAGCAAGAAUCGUCAGUCAGAUCCUUGCUUUGCCAAAAGAAUCCGUUUCCAGCUCAGAAAAAUUGAAUGAAAGACAUUAUGGAAUUUUGACUGGUCUUUCUCGAUCCGAAGCUCGAAAUCGCUACGGAGUCGACCAAGUCCAACAUUGGCGCCGCUCUUUCACUGGAAAGCCCCCUGAAAUACCGGAAGAUCUCGCCUUUAUGUGGCGAAUUCCAUACGAUCAGAACUUCCCAAGAUCAGAAAGCCUGGAGGAUGUUUCAAAACGAGCGCCUGUUUAUUUCGAUGAAGAAAUUCGCCCGUUUGUUGAGAAGGGAGAGAAUGUGUUGGUUGUAAGUCAUGGAGCACCGAUAAGAUCGAUUUUGAUGGAACUGAAGAGUUUGUCGGAAGAAGAAGCGGCGAGGAUUGAGAUCGCGAAUGCGGAAUUUAUUGUGUAUGAUUUCGAAAUAAAAGAGAAGUAA